UGGAUGAGAGGUGAGAGGGGGAGGGAGAGAGAAACAGAACAGACCAGACUACAGAGAGGUGGGCGGGUGGGUUGGUUGAAGUGGUGUGGACUUUGUGCAAGUAGUAGACUCUUUCUUUCUUUCUCUCUCUCUCUAUCAAUCUUAAAGUCUGCAGUGGCCCAAAAACCAAGUUUGAUUUUUGAAGGCACAUACAUGAAAAGAAUGGAGUAUGGAGUUUAAUUUAAGUAGGGAGGAGGAGGGGGGAAAGAGAGCCGAGAGGGAGGGAGAGAGGGAGGGAGAGAGAGAGGCAAAACUCAAAAUUACGAGGCAUGGAAAUAGCCAAAAAGUACGGUUACCGAAAAACCUCGUCUCCUUCCCAAAUCGAAGCCUGAUUUCUUCAUGUCAUGUCAUGCAGGUAGCAACUAGUAAACCCCCCCAGCACAGCCUUAGCCUUUACCCACGAUUUUGUCAAUCCCAUUUCGGCCAGCUCAAUCACAACUCCGCAGCUAGAGCCAGCACCUCACCCGCUUUAUCUUUUUCACGUUUCCUCUGCCAGAUCUCUCGGAGUGAGCCUAGGAGAUGUGCGUUUGUUGAGAUUUUCCUUAAUGGGUCUCCUGGGUUGUCAGGGAUUUUAGAGAUUUUAUGUUGAAAAGGAAGUGGUCUGUAUACCACCAUAUAUUAUUUGUUUUGGGAGAGACCUACUUCGUUUUGGCGUCUUUGUCCGUUUUUUUUUUCGUGUUUUCUCCCCAAAUUUGCAAGGAAAAAUUGUUUGACUCGUUAUCUCUAAUGGGCUUUUGUGGGUUUUCUCUUUGAGAGAUCUUGGAAGGUUCUUCAACUCUUCUGAGUUCUUAGAUAGUUUUGAGCAGGAGACAUGGAGAGCGGUGUCGCGAGAGAUGGUGCUUUCAUGUUUAGCGAUGAAGAGUUGGAUGGGAUAAGUGGGUUGAGGAGAGCAGGAGAUUAUAUCGAGGUGACGUGUGGGUGUACGAGCCAUAGGUAUGGUGAUGCUGUGGGGAGGCUUAGGGUUUUCGUUGGAGGUGAUCUCGAGAUCAGCUGUGAAUGCACCCCUGGUUGUCAGGAAGAUAAGUUGACCCCAGCUGCUUUUGAGAAACAUUCUGGACGAGAGACUGCCAGGAAAUGGAAGAGCAAUGUAUGGGUGAUAGUGAAUGGAGAGAAGGUUCCACUGUCAAAGACUGUGCUGCUUAAAUACUACAACAAGGCAUCCAAAAAUGCCAACGGUCAUCACAAGUCCCAUAAUGGGCGACCAUGUCAUCGGGAUGAAUUUGUUCGCUGUACAAAGUGUAACAAGGAGCGCAGGUUCCGUCUCAGGACCAAAGAAGAAUGCCGGAUUCAUCAUGAUGCCUUGGCCAAUCGUAGCUGGAAAUGUGCUGACCUGCCGUAUGACAAAAUAACCUGUGACAAUGAUGAAGAGCGAGCAAGUCGUAAAGUGUACAGGGGUUGCUCCCGAUCUCCUACUUGUAGUGGAUGUACCUCCUGUGUCUGCUUCGGAUGCGACAUUUGCCGAUUCUCAGACUGUAGCUGCCAGACCUGUGUUGAUUUCACACGAAAUGCAGAAGCUUAGUCCCAAAAUCAGCCCCUAAAAUUGAGGCAUUCCUUGUUUUUUGGUGGAUAGAUGGAUGGCAAUGCAAAUUUUUUGCACUAUUUAUGAACAAAACAUUAUAAACUUCUGAUCGGUGUUAAUGAUAAAGACUUCUUAUUUUCAGUGUCGA